AUGACUCCCUCGCCCUCGACGCGCGAGAUUGUCUCUCUCGUGGGCGUCGUCGCCCUGCUUGCGCACCAAGUCCUUCGACGAUACGAGCCUCGCACUCCUCUCCAUCAUGCAUCCUGCCUGCUUCUCGCUCCCACAACCAUCUCUGUCGCCAUCAUCCUCAACCCCCAAUGCACCCGUACUCUCGUCCACACCUUCCUUCUCGUAUUUCCGCUUUACAUCUCCACCCUUGUCGUCUCCAUCGUCAUCUACCGCCUCAGUCCGUUUCACCCCCUCGCCCGUUACCCGGGUCCCAUCCCAGCCAGGGUCUCCAUGUUCUGGAUGGCAGUCGUGAGCACCAGCGGCGACCAACACAAGUAUAUCAAGUCCCUCCAUGACCGCUACGGCGACGUCGUCCGCACAGGCCCCAACGAGCUUUCGGUCCGCGAUCCGUCUCUGGUUCCUGAGAUCCUCGGAAGCUCAGGUCUUCCCAAGGGCCCCCACUUCCACGGACGCAUGCUUCAGUACGAGCCACGGAUGCUCGUCGCCGUCAGCGACAUUGAGGAACACGCCCGCCGCCGCCGUCCGUGGUUGCGAGGCUUCGCGCCCGCCGCGGUGAAGGAGUACGACGCGCUCAUCGCGCAGCGAGCAAGCCAGAUGCGGAGCGCCCUGGAGGAGCAGAAGGGUGUGGUGCAGUUGGGCGAAUGGAUCGAUUUCUUCGCCUACGACUUCAUGACAGACAUGGCAUUCGGCGGAGGGUCCGAGCUUCUCAGUGGGCAAGGGAAGGACAACUUCUGGGCGGUUUUGGAUGCGCACUCACGGAUGGCGACGUUCUUGGGCCGUCUCCCUUGGCUCGGUAUCCUGCUGGGGUACGUUCCGGCCGCCAGCAAACCCGUCGCUCUCCUCAUCAACCGUUGCGCGGAAUUCACCGCCGCACGCGUGAAGCGUGGCGCAUCCAAACUCGACCUCUUCCACUACCUCAGCGGGGAAGACGACCCGUCACGCCCUCAAGCCCCUGCAUCACAACUCAUCGAUGACGGCGUCCUCGCGAUCGUUGCCGGGGCGGACACGACAGCAUCCGCGACGACGAGCACGUUCGCGUGCCUACUAGCCCAUCCUGAGGUGUAUGUACGGCUGCAACAGGAGGUCGAUCGGUUCUACCCACCAGGCGCGGACCCAGCGGACUCGCGCCACCACAAGGAAAUGCCGUACCUCAACGCCGUCAUUAACGAGGGCCUACGCCUGUUCCCUCCCGUCCCUGGAGGCACGCAGCGCAUGGAGCCCGCGGACGGGCAGGGCUCCACGUUCAGCUCGAUGUACGUUCCCCCGGGCACGAACGUCUGGGUUCACACCUGGUCCCUCCACCGCGACCCGCGCAACUUCCGCCCGCACCCGAACGGCUUCUGGCCCGAGCGCUGGCUCCUUGCUGCUGACCCCGACCUCGACUCCGCGGGCACGGCGAAGGUCGAGGGGGCGUUCACGCACAACGCGGGCGCGUUCGUGCCCUUCUCGUAUGGACCGAUGAACUGCGUCGGGCGCGCGCUCGCGGUGCAGGAGAUGGGCACCCUGCUCUGCACCGUUCUCCAGCGAUUCGAGGUGCGCGCCGCGCCGGGGGCCACGGUCGACGGGCGGGAGGGCGGAGUGUUUGAUCUGCAUGCGUACGAGGAAAGAUACAAGGACUUCUUUACGACGUCGCGGGCGGCGGUGCCGGUGGUUUUGGAGGCGAGGCGCGGGAGGGAGUGA